AUGGACAACGAGCCAUCUGCCCCUCUCGAGCGCUCCGUCUCGCAACAGUCAACUACUUCGGUGAAGAGUUACCGCUCUUCUACAGUUCGCGCCGCUAAGAGAGGCAAGCUUGCCUCGUAUCCCUCCAGCUCGGCCUCGUCUAUUGCAGCAUCCGACAAAUCCCUGACGUCCUUCCCGUCCUUCUCGCCUGACUCACCAAGGGAGGAUCGCUCUUCGCAGCGGGAAGUUUCUGGCGGGGCGACCAGCCUGACAACAAAAUCGCCCGGCUCGCAGAAGUCCGGCUCGAUCGUCGAAAGCCUCACAAUCGCCUCGCCAAACCCGACGCGGGCGCGGAGUGCGCUAUUCGAGGAUGCGCCCCUGUCCACCAGGAAGAUCCCCGGAUCGCUUCAUGUCGCUCCGGACGAGAAUAUUGAGCGCCUAAUUGCCAAACAUGGUGCUGUUCCGCUUGUUCGCCAGGUCGCCGAGGACCUUGCGCAGCGCGAUGCGCAGAUCGCCAGCCUGCGGCGACGGGCCGAGGACCGAGAGCGGGCUUUGAGAAAGAUCAUACUGGAGUGUGGUUUGUCAACACUGGAUCUCGAGACACGGUUGCGCGCCAUCGAGCAGGAGGCCAAAGUCAACGACAAGGCAAGGCGAGUCUCAGACUUGAUGAGCGAUGCUAUGACCGACAAUACAUUAUACGACAGUGCGUUUGCCGCAAACGACGCUACCAUCCGAGCGAGCAGCCAGUCGAUAGUCCCUGAUCAAGGUGAUGGCAAGGGUACCACAAGGGGCUGGAAGGACUAUUUCUGGGGGUCCACUACCAGCAAGAGGCCCAGCAGGGCAAGCAGCGUGAACGGAGACGGGGGCAGGUCGCAAACCGUAGUUCGACCCGCCGUGCCCCCAGAUCGUCGACCGAUUCUGCAGGAUGACCUCUUCAGCCCUCCAGAGGCUGCAGGGUCCAUCCGCAGCUCUAGCCGCGCGUCGAGCAUUCAAGCAGGCCAAUCUGGGAGGAAGCCGUCGACGUCGCUGGCCAGUCUGGCCCUGAGACUUGUUGCUGGUGGUGGAGCCGCGCGAGAAGGAGAUCCCCGAGGCCGGGCGGAUAGCGUCACGGCUCCAGGAUCUUUGAGAAGCCCUUCCACAUCAAGCCAACAAACAACCGCUUCUACUAGGGCCGUGUCCGUACAAGGGGGCCCAAAGGCAUUGAUGGCCAUGAGACGUACAACUGUCGGACAGAAUGGGCCCGUCGGCACGCUAGCUCGUACUCAAGCCCCAGAUCGUUGGGACACAAUGCUCGCAAGUCCCACGAGCGAGACGGCCGAUCGUCCAGAGAGCUCGGGGCCGGUAGAAAUGGACACGAUAUUUUCCCCAGAGGCUCAACCCCCGACACUGACACAUAUAUACAACAAUUACAACGGCGCGGAAUUUCUGACCGACCGCUUUGGCUUCAUCUACGAUCAGCGGAGAAAGAAGAGGCAAAGAGAAGCGACUCAGAUGGCAAAGAAUUACAAGCGAGGCAGCCGGACAGAGAUGCUGACCAAUGGAAGAGCAAAGCUAUCGCCAAGCCUAUUUGAGGACACCAGCAGUUUCAAAGAUACGGCAAGCAGUGAAGGCAGGCCAGGAUCUCCGUCGUCAAUGGAGGGUGUUCGAGAAGAGGGCAAACCAAAGAGGUGGCAGGAUUAUUUGCGGAUCGCGACAUUCCCUACGGAACUGCUUUCUCACACUCCGGCAAUGAGUGUCCCCGGGGUCGAAGUUACGGAGGGCGGGGAUAUGCCCAAGUCGCCGGGUCUGAUGACCGCGGAGGACCGGGGGUUUGUGCCUCCUGCCAGUACCACAGCAGCCCUGGACAAUGAGACUAUCCCUACACCAGAGAGCGAGCCAGCUGCCGCAACGGGCACUCUUGUCAAAGAGGAUGCCGAGCCAGUCAAACUUCUGCUUCAGCAGCUGAGCGACUUGCAUGAUAACCUCCAGAAAGAGCGCGCUAGCCGGUGGAAUGACUUUCUUCGAAAGGUCCGGGCUGAGCGGAAGCGGGAAGGCGAGGUGGCUGCCGCAAGCGCCGCCGCGGCAGCUGAGGCCCGUUUUCAAAGGGCUACCGCAGUGAUGCCAGAGAGCCGACUGGCCGAUGGAGAGAUCGUCGGCGUAGCAGGCCUGGGCAAUAAGGGCAAAGUCGGGCGCGCAAAAUGGAGUGAAUUCCGCUCACUCGUUUUGGCUGGGAUCCCGGUCGUCCUUCGAGCCAAAGUCUGGGCUGAGUGUUCAGGGGCUACCAGUCUGCGCGUCCCCGGAUACUAUGACGACCUCGUUUCCAGGCCGGAAACUGAUGACAAUGCCGAUGUCGUGACGCAGAUACGGGCAGACAUCAACCGCACGCUGACGGACAAUAUCUUCUUCCGCAAAGGGCCCGGGGUUAGCAAACUCAACGAGGUGCUCCUGGCCUACUCUCGCCGAAAUCCGGAUGUGGGCUACUGCCAAGGGAUGAAUCUCAUUACCGCCAAUCUGCUCCUCGUCACGCCUUCUGCCGAGGAUGCCUUUUGGUUGCUAGCCUCGAUUAUAGAGACGAUCCUGCCUGUGGGAUACUACGACCAUUCUCUUCUCGCGAGCCGCGCCGACCAGCAAGUCCUACGUCAGUAUGUCAGCGAGGUCCUGCCCAAGCUGUCCGCCCACUUCGAGGACCUCAGCAUCGAUCUCGAAACCAUGACCUUCCAGUGGUUCCUGUCCGUCUUUACAGAUUGCCUGUCUGCCGAGGCUCUCUUUCGUGUGUGGGAUGUCGUGCUGUGCUUCAACGACGGCAGCACUUUCCUCUUCCAAGUUGCACUGGCGCUCCUCAAGCUCAACGAGCAGCAGCUCCUCAGCUGCGUCACUCCGGCGAGCAUCUACACCUACAUCAACCACCAGAUGACGAACCAUGCCAUCAGCAUCGACGGCCUCAUCCAGGCGUCCGAGGGCCUCAGGAAAGUCGUGCGGAGGGAGGACGUGGAGGCCAGACGAGCAAAAGCAAUUGAAGCGGAGAAGGAGCUCGUGCGGCAGCGCGAAGAGCGGAACGCCGCAUACAAGCAGGCCCAGAAGGCGUCGACAGCUCCAGCGGUCAUCACCGAGGAUAUCGCGACGCCGUCAGAGUCUGGCAGCCUGGAUGGAUCCGACGGGUCGCUCGAUGUCAAGUCCCCCAUGCCCAUGCCCACGGAGUCGGAAGCGGCCGCCGAGGCCGCGGGCUGA